AGUAGGUUUGAAAAUAUGCCACUAUGCACUUACGUUCAUAUAUGUUUCUCUUUUAUUACAAUCAGGUUUGAGGAAGAACGCCAUGAUCGCAAUCCACCAUGAGCUGAACAAGAUUUCUGGACCUGGACCCAGUGCUUGGAUUCACCACAUCCGAAGAAGGAGCUCCCUGCUUAGCAGCCGGAUGGCAGAGGAAACAUACAAUGAAGCUGAGCAGUGUUAUGUGCAGCAGGGACAGGAAGCUUUGCAGAAGUCCAUCAGUAUUCUCAGUGACCAGGACGGAUGGCAAACUGAGAUUGAGAAUGCCAAUGGGGAUAAGGUUCUGAGUAAAGUACUACCGGACAUUGGGAAGGUUUUUAAGCUGGAGGUCGUACUGGAACAGCAAACAGAUGAUCUGUAUGAGGAGCUGGUGGAUAACAUGGAACAAAUGGGGGAGUGGAACCCCAAUGUCAAACAAGUCAAGAUUCUUCAGAAAAUUGGUCAGGAUACUAUGAUCACACAUGAGGUUUCAGCAGAAACACCGGGGAAUGUGGUGGGCCCAAGAGACUUUGUAAGCGUCCGUUGUGCCAAGCGCAGGGGAUCUACAUGCUUCCUGGCUGGGAUGUCCACUCAACACCCUGGAAUGCCUGCGCAGAAAGGAUUUGUAAGGGCUGAAAAUGGACCCACCUGUAUUGUGAUGCGACCAAGUGCAGAUGAUCCCAAUAAGACCAAGUUUACCUGGUUGCUCAGUUUAGACCUUAAGGGUUGGAUCCCAAAGACUGUCAUCAACCGGGUUCUCUCGCAGACCCAAGUGGAUUUUGCAAACCACCUCAGGCACAGAAUGACAUACAAUGGCAGUAUGGAAGCAGCCAUCGCCUGCUAACAUUCACCUAAAAGCACUGAUGCCACCAAUGGCAGACUUCUUUCAGGGUCAAAUACUACUCAUACGAAACUACCAGCGCACAUAUAUUCUUAGGAACAGCCUACAUGUGUAAAAUAUUAAACACACUUCAUGUACAGCCUGACUGCAGUAUCCCACAAAAGCCAUUUUCAUGAGAUACAAAGGUGUCUGGUUGACCAAAGUGGUAUGAAACCAUGAAAUAGAAUUACUGAGUUGUUUUGAUGGCUUUUGAAUGCGAAGAAUAUAAUAACUCAGAAUAUUGAUGCUGGAGGUUACGGAGUCAUUGCAGUUGAGUUUUAAUAUAGCUAACAGUUUUGAUUUCAACCUGAAUGUAAAUUCAGAUCAGCAAAAAUUCAGUCUAGUUCCACUAUGAGCUCCAUUAUGUGGCUCACACUUCCUUUCUUUCAUGUGCUUCUGCAUUUUCACUGCAAAACACCCUUCAACUCACUAUUAUUCUUGGGUUCCUGUUUUAUGAUUGUUUGUAAAAAAGAGAAGUAUUUAUUUUGAGUUAAUAUUACUGCAUCACCCUGUA